AUGGCGACGACUGCUGCUGGCCCGUCGCGACUCAGUCGCCUUUUCUAUAUCAACGACAAGUCGAGCGGCCUUCGUUUCCUGGUCGAUACCGGUGCCGAGGUCAGUGUCAUCCCGCCUCUAAGGCGUCACCGCCUCAAGCCAUCUCUAUUCUCAUUGCAGGCUGCAAAUAGCACCACAAUCAGCACCUACGGCCAACGGUCCCUCACCUUAGAUCUUGGUCUCCGGCGACGUUUUCACUGGGUCUUCAUGGAGGCUAACGUCAAAUCGCCCAUUAUCGGGGCCGACUUUUUGUCAUCUUUCGGCUUAACAGUCGAUGUCAGACACCGUCGCCUCUCAGACACCACCACCCAACUCUUUACUAUAGGUACCAUUAGCUCUGAACGGUCGGUUGGCAUUCAUGUCACCAUCCCCAGCACCCCUUUCGCUGACAUUUUGAAGGACUACCCGUCCAUCACUAAACCAUGUCAUUUUACCGAAACCGUUCAACACGGAGUGAAACACCAAAUUGUCACGGCAGGGCAACCAGUGCACGCUCCUCCGCGUAGACUCCACCCUGACAAGCUCCGAAUAGCAAAGAACGAAUUUGAACAUAUGAUGAAUCUGGGCAUUAUACGCCCAUCAUCUAGCCCAUUGGCCUCACUACUGCACAUGGUGCCAAAGAAGUCACCUGACGAUUGGAGACCGUGCGGUGAUUAUCGAGCCCUAAACAGGUCCACAAUCCCUGACCGGUAUCCCAUUCCCCACAUUCAUGACUUUUCCCACAUGUUAGCCGGUAAAACUAUUUUUUCCAAGAUAGACCUCGUCAGGGCAUACCACCAAAUCCCGGUCGCCAAGGAAGAUAUCCCAAAGACCUCUAUCACGACACCCUUUGGGCUGUUCAAAUUUAUUCGCAUGCCUUUUGGUUUGCGCAAUGCUGCCCAGUCGUUUCAGCGCUUCAUCGCUCGCGUGAGGUUACGGUUCAUUACACUUAGACUCGAGAUAAGUUGAAAUUCAUUUAUAACUGAAAUAUUUGACAUAUUUCUCUGUCGAUUUUGCGUCGAUUUUUAUUAGCUGUCGAAAAUAACACAUAAAUCCAUUACACUCUCCCCAUUUAACGAUGACUGAUGUUACGUUUGCUGUCGACAAAGUAGAUCUUUCGGCCAUCGUCCGUUUACAGAAGUUCAUCGAGAAACAUGAACAUAUUUUUACGAUUCUCGAUUCACUAACAGACUCAAAUAGAUUCACGAACAACCUAACGAGCCUACCACAAAUUGAAUCGAUUAUACACUUAGUUUCGUCAGAAGUCGCGGAUAGAUCGAAACGCAGGCUCAAUUUAAUUAUCCGUAGUAUACCCCACACUGUUAAUCCGAUGCCAUCAAUUCAAAAUUUUAUACAUUCGUGUGGCUUAAAUAUCAGAGUAGCUAACACUAAAAGACUUCACUCCAGAAGCAAAAACAAACCCGUCUUAGUAACAUUCUGCUCACAGGCGGAAGCUGAGAUUGUCCUACAAAAUCCCGAAGUAAACAGAAAUCUGCGGAACCUAAACUCGUUUAUAGGUCCAGAUUUGACACCUAUGCAAAGACGUAAACUACGGGAAAAAGACACCAGCUACAAAUACGAUAAUCAGCACUCCGGUCCCUCAACUGAACCUUCAGCCACUACUUCUACUUCUAGCCCUAAUAAAAAGAAAUACACAGGCCAGCGCAAACCAAAUGAUAAACCCACAGCCCCCGCAGAAGGACCUCCAGCAAGUACGUCUGAAUCUAGUUCUCAUGAAAAAAAACGCGCAACUGCAAAAACAAUUAGAACUGCUGGUCAGAAACAAACGAGGAAGGCACAACAAAAUAACAACGUUCAACCAGAACAAAACGAUGAUGCAGAUCCCGGACCGAGUCAUGUGACACCCUUAGAUAGCAGUAUAAGUUUUACUACAUCCCCCAAGACCGAUCAGUCAGUACUAGAAAACGACUACCAAACAAGACGCAUAAACCAAAAGGCCUUACUAAGCACACCAACACAACCAAAACGCCCAAGGUAUGUUGACAUAACAAAUAGAAGCCCACCAAACUCUAACCAAAAACAAACAAGCUUCUCUAACCGCAUCUCGACUCCCCAAAAUCCACCUGCAUGGCAUAGGAAUAAGCCAAAUCACUCUAGCAUUGCAAACUCCUUACCACCUAAUUACAACCCUUCAAAUUACUUUGGCUUUUACACCUCCCCAACUGAAAUUCCAUUUAGGUACAAUUACCACCUAGUUAACGCACCUCCCCAUAUGUACCCUCAGUCCAUACACACUAGCCCAUGCACUCACACUACGCCAUACGCAUCACCAUAUCCUCCGAGAAUCACACACCUACCUCCAUUUAGUCCAUCACUCACUCAAAGUACCCCCAGAAAUCCUUUUUUUUCACCAGAGCCCACCUCUUCCAUAUCCAACAUCCUAAAGAUAGCUCUUAUAAAUUCCAGAUCGAUUGUAAACAAAAUAUCCCAACUAAGAACUUUUGUUGAAAUAUAUAACCCCGAUGUAAUUUGCAUUACAGAAACAUGGGCAAAUGAGCUUAUAUCGAAUGCUUCACUAUAUGUCCCAAAUUAUAAUUUCUAUCGACAGGACCGUGUUAAUAAACGAGGCGGAGGUUCUCUUAUCUACAUAAAAACUACCAUUGAGCAAAGUGGUAUUGAUGUCCCAACCGAAACCUUUUCUGGAGAAGCGUGUUUUGCCACAAUAAAAUCUCAUGCCCAGGAAAACAUAUUAGUCGGAUGCCUCUACUCCCCUCCAGAAUGUAGUAGUGAUGACACAAGCCUCAACCUCUUAAUAAGCAAUAUAGCUAAUAUAAAAACUGAAUAUAAGAUAAUUACAGGCGACCUAAACCGCCCAGAAAUAGACUGGGUCGAAUUAUCAGCACCUACCAAGCACGAAGAAUUCUUGUCUUCAGUUAUCUUUAAUAACUGGACACAGAUAGUUGACAAACCCACCCGAGGAAACAAUAUACUAGACGUUAUUUUCACCAACGAUAUCUGGCCCCUCUAUAUGCACUACGACUGCGCAACCUUUGAAAGUGACCACAAAGCAAUAAUAUCAACACUCCCCUUAAACGCAAAACUAGCACCCCAUUUUGGAAACACCCGCCUAAACCCAAAAAAACUUGACGAGGACUCCAUGAACAACUAUAUUAGAUCAUUGGACUGGAGCCCAUAUCUUCUUACAACAUCCCCUAUGGAAGCAGUUAACCUAUUGUACUCUGUCCUAUUUGUUAUUCGAGAUACCUUGAUAGACGAAAGACUCCCGUAUAAGAAAUCACCAAUCCUGAACUUCCUUUCAACUAAACUAAAAAAGCUACAAAAACAGCUACGCGACCCCUCUGUGAGUUAUUUUUCCACACUUCGACGAAUUAGGGAAAUUCACGACCUAGUCACGAAAAUGGAAACACAAAAGACCAUAGCAGCAGAACAUCGGGCACUAGAAUCCCCCGAACGAACAGCUCAGAUGUUUCAGAAACUAAUGAGUAAUCAUCGACAGUCAGGACCACGAACUAUUAUUUAUGAAUUAGGGCAAGUUAUAACCAAUGAUAAACAAAUAGUAAACUUAUUCAACAGAUACUUCUCAGCUAACUACACAGUCGAAGAGGGAACCAUCCCCCAACCGACCGAGAUGACUGAACGCAUCCUUAGUGAGAUCCAUUUUAGUGAAGAAACUGUUAAAGUAGCCAUUAAACAACUAUCAAACACCAAAUCCUAUGGGACAGACAAAAUCCCACCAUGUAUUCUGAAGCAUAUGACAUAUGCUCCAAUACUCCUAUCUAAGUUAUUCACCCUACUCCAGUCAAAUGCAAUUUUUCCGGACAUGUGGAAAUACUCGACCAUUGCGCCCAUAUUUAAAAGCGGCAAUCGAUCUCAUACCAAAAACUAUCGUGGUGUUCUCCGCACACCGGCUAUAGCUAAAAUCCUCCAGAAAAUAGUAUAUAACCAAUUGCUAGACCAUCUCAUGAACGCCAACCUCAUUCCCUCCUCUCAACAUGCAUUUUUGCCCAAAAAGUCAUGUCAGUCCUGCCACCUUACUUUUUUGGAAUUCGUUUCCAGCAAUAGAGAUGAUGGAAACACAGUAGCUUCAAUAUACUUCGAUCUAAGAAAGGCCUUUGACAAAGUCCCCCAUAAAAGACUACUGAUAAAGCUAAAAAGUCAUGGAAUUAGGCCACCCCUUCUUGAUUUUCUUAAAUCUUAUCAUCAAAACCGAUACCAGGUGGUGCAAAUUCGAAACGUCGUUUCAGAACCAUCCCCUAUUACCAGUGGAGUACUUCAAGGCACUAUCCUAGGCCCCCUUCUAUUUCUUAUAUAUAUUCACGACUUAUCGUCCAUAUCUGUCUCAGCUAAGACGUUUUUAUAUGCGGACGACCUUAAAAUUGCAUAUGCUUAUAACGGGAAUACAGUAGCCAAUAUUCAUAGAACAAUUCAAACUGAUCUCAGAAAACUCAGCGAAUGGAGUAGUCAGUGGCAGAUGCCCUUUUCACCCGAAAAAUGCCAUCUCCUGAUAUUUGGCCCACAAAAACUUCCCCCCAUAAUAUUCGAGGAUGAUGAAAUAACAGAGGCCCAAUCUGUAAAAGAUUUAGGUCUCAGCUAUACAAAUACCCUUGAUUUAUCUCCCCACGUCCAACAAAUAUCACCGAAAGCCACUCGCCUGUGUGGAUUCAUAUGUAAAAAUUUCACCUUAAAUGCACUAAGAAUACAACUGUUCAAAAUGUAUGUUUUACCUCUCCUAGAUUACUGUUCAAUUUUCUUCGGCAUAAUGCCCUCAGACGGCCUAAAGAAACUAGAAGGCAUUCAGAGACGGUUUACUAGAUCUUUGUCUAGAAGUGAUGGCAUCCAGGGUUCCUACUUAGAACUAUAUCAUAAAUACGGUCUUCGACCACUCUGGAUCAGAAGACUUAAAAAUGGUCUAAACUUCCUAUUGAAGGUCACCCAUGAUCAAGAUAUUCUCAAAAUGAAUUAACUUACCAACCAAAACGCCCCUAGAAACACCAGAAAUAGCGAGGAUAUUAUAAAGAUUCCCAAAUUCACAAAGUCCCAACGAUCAAAUUUCUACACCAUAAGAUAUGCGGCUAUCUGGAAUUCUCUUCCAGGUUAAAUCCGGAAAAGUCGAACCCUAAUCGAAUUUAAAAUAAAAACUAAGAAAUUCCUUUCAAAUAACAAUACAUAUUUAUUUUUGAAUAAGAUAGGACAUUUUUCAAGUCAAUUCUUUGAUAUUGAAUUUGGUCCAAAAGGGCUCUGAUGAUGCCAGCCGAUUGAAAAAUACCGGAACAUAGCACUAAAAAUAAUCAAAUUUAUAAAAGAAAGCAUCAUUGAUUAACAUAGAACAGAUAAUGAUAUUCCUCUAUUUUCCUCCCCUAGUAGCAAUAGAUAUCGAGUAGAUAUACGUGAAUAGCGAUUUAUCGAGAUAUGUAUGUCUGUCACGUAAUUGGCCACCUCGCCUAAGCAAUAUGGCAUUUUAUUGGUUGCCGUUCAUUAGUCGUUUAUCGAUUGCGAGCACACGCGGGCGCGCCAUUAUUUCGCGUGAGCGGCGUGGAACGCGUGAGUUGACAGUCCUUGCACUUACUUGCCAUUAUUCAUUUAUAUCUCUUGUUUGCUACUGUUCUAUGUUAACCAUGUUAAGGCAGGAAUCCCGGAGAACACGAUUACGUCGUAUUAAGAGGUAUGGAAACAAGGCUUUCCAGUAAGUGAUGGAAAAUAACGCCGUUAUACCUUUCAGGAGCGCCAGGAGAACGCCGAUGACACUCGAAACCAUCCCUUUGGGCGACCAGACAGACGACGGUAAUGUGACUUCUUGAACUUAUUCUCCAAAAGUGUCAUCAGCUAG